CAGAUUUGUGGAGAGAGAGAGAGAGUAGAUGAGAGGGAAAACUGCAAACCUAAAGAGCAGCAGCAGGAAGAAGGAGGAGCCGAGGAGCAAAAUGAAAGGGACGUUGGCGAGGCACUUGCAGGUGCAGCUAGGGCCAAAUCGCCAAUCAUCAUCGACCAAACCCUCUCCUUUCCAGACCCUUCUCGAAUCUGACGCUGUACCGGAGCGGCAACUUCCCUCCUCAUCGCCUCGAAAUACAGACCUCGAUACCACUCUGGAUGAGAAAGAUUUUAUUCUUAGCCAAGACUUCUUCUGCACUCCUGAUUAUAUUACCCCAGACAAUCAAAAUUUAUGGAAGAGCUUUAAUAGCAACGAGGAAAGCAUGCCCUGCCCCAGAUCACCGGAAAAGCUGAAUACAAUAAAAAGUAAGAGGCGUCGGCAAGAUGAUUUUUCAUUAAAUCCACUCAGUCCCACCUUGUCCGACAUUCAAGAGAUGACAGAAUUCGAAAAAGAUGAUUGUGAUAUAGACGAAGUAAAGAUGGAAAAUAUUACAGCAACUGGAACAAAAAGGGUUCAAAGCUAUGUAUCCCAAUCCGCAGUUGCUUUACGCUGCCGGGUUAUGUCCCCUCCUUGUAUAAAAAAUCCAUACAUAGUAGCUGCUUCAGAAAUGGACAUGGAUCCUUUUGGCAACCAAAGAUCAAAGUGUGCAGAUUUCUUUCCUGCAACUAUUGGUGGAAAUGGUCUUUCACGCUAUCACACUGAUUUCCAUGAGAUUGAGUUCAUUGGUAGUGGGAAUUUCAGUCGUGUAUUCAAAGUGUUAAAGAGAAUAGAUGGUUCUUUGUAUGCUGUGAAACAUAGCAUAAAGCAACUGCAUCAAGACAGUGAAAGGAGGAAAGCUUUAAUGGAAGUUCAAUGUCUGGCAGCUUUAGGGUUUCAUGAAAACAUUGUUGGAUACUACUCUUCUUGGUUUGAAAAUGAGCAGCUCUACAUUCAGAUGGAGCUCUGUGAUGGCAGCUUAUCCAUCAAUGGAUCUCACCAACUAUUAUCGGAGACAAAAGUUUUGGAGGCCUUGUAUCAGAUUGGAAAGGCAUUGCAGUUUAUUCACCAGAAAGGAAUAGUUCAUCUGGAUGUAAAACCUGAUAAUAUAUAUGUCAAGAAUGGGGUUUGUAAGCUUGGUGAUUUUGGGUGUGCAACACUUAUUGACAAGAGCCUCCCAAUUGAGGAGGGUGAUGCACGUUAUAUGCCUCAAGAAAUCUUAAACGAGAGAUAUGAUCAUCUUGACAAGGUUGAUAUAUUCUCUUUGGGAGUUUGUAUGUUUGAGUUAAUAAGAGGAUCAUCUUUGCCAGAAUCAGGACCUCAACGUCUAAAUGUCAAGGAGGGAAAAUUGCCACUCCUCCCUGGUCAUUCAUUGCAAUUCCAGAACUUACUUAAGGUCAUGGUGGACCCUGAUCCAAUUAGGCGGCCUUCAGCUAAAGAUUUGGUGGAAAACCCUAUUUUUCGCAGGGUUCUACAAAAUGGUAGAAACUAAACAAGUCACCAUAACCUUUUUGGAAACUCUGGAAAUUUUGUAAAUUACAUGCUGCCACCUACAAUCAACGAAUAUGAAUGACCCACAUUUCAACAAAUAGUUAUCAGUCAAGUUACGUAUGUGCAAUGUGCACCAUAGUUUCCCACUUGCAUGGUGCAAAUUUUCCAAGUGUAGCAUUAUGUGAGUGUUAUUAUCCUAAGAUUCGAGGUACGUAACACUACUGGAGGAGAUUUUGUGGAUUCUUGGAUGACCUUUUGUUUUGUGAGGUUGCAAUUAUUAGUUUUUUGUUUUAACUUAAUUAUAUAUGUUGAAGUUGUUAAUCUAAGAUCUAUGGUAAUUGGUAGGUGUGCAUCGCCGACUCAUCUUGUUGUAGAUCACUCUCUUGCCUUACCAGAGUAACCGUUGGGCGCACAACAAUUAAAGGUGUAGGCUUUUUAAGUUUUUUUUUUCCCUCGAGCAUUAUUUCACUCCUUGGAGGGGGGUUGCCUGUAAAAUUGAGACUUGAACAUGAACUAUAGUGAAGCUCGAUUGCCUCACCUCAAUUCUCAAAUCUAAUAUAUAAAAUAUUGUUUAGAAAAUAGAAUAUAUUAAUA